AUCAUUCUGUGUGCGAUCGGACCGCUGGAUAAUCGAUAAUGGUGUGGGGCUCCUCUCUGUUCCUGUGCAUCCUGGCGCUGGCCAGUGUGGGAGAUGUGGUGAGGGCUCGCAAGGGAUUCGGGCCAGGCGAUCAGGACUGGGGCUAUGUGGACGUGCGGGAGGGAGCGCACAUGUUCUACUGGCUCUACUACACCACGGCCAAUGUCAGCCACUACACGGAACGUCCGCUUGUCCUGUGGCUGCAGGGUGGACCGGGUGGAGCUUCUUCGGCGCAGGGCAACUUCAUGGAGCUGGGACCCGUGGACAUGCACGGAGAGCCACGCGAAGGCAACUGGGUGCAGCAUGUGAAUCUGCUGUUCGUCGACAGUCCCGUGGGUUCGGGCUACAGCUAUGUGGACAACACAAGUCUGCUGGUGGCGAACAACGAGGAGCUCACCGAUGACCUAAUGACCUUCAUGCUGUACUUCUACAAGGCCCACAAGGAGUUCAAGAGCGUGCCGCUGCACAUCUUCACGGAGAGCUAUGGCGGCAAGAUGGCACCAGCGUUGGCCCUGAAGAUGGACCUGGCCAUGAGGAGCGGCCAGCUGGCAGAGCCCAACACCCUGAAGUCGGUGAGCAUGGGAAGUCCGUGGAUAUCCACGCGUCACAUCAGUCGCGAACACUCCAAGUAUAUGCUGGUGAACGGGCUGAUCGAUGAGGACGGGGCCAAUCUGAUUGACGCGCAGGAGGAGAAGAUCCUACUCGCCCUGAAGCUGCACCUGUUCGAAACGGCAACGGAUGAGUAUCUGGAGUGGUUCGACCUCAUGCAGAACCUCACUGGUGAGGUCUACCUGUACAACACACAGACCCAUGUUGAUCCGGAGGAGGAUCGCACCUAUGGCUACGGGGCUGACCUCAACCGCUUCAUGCAGGAGAACAUCAGCGAUGCUCUGCAGAUCAACGGCAGCAUCUACAAGGCCCAGGUCAUCGAUGUUUUAGUCACACUGCACGGCGAUCGCCUCAAAUCGGAGAUAAAUGCGAUUCCUCGUUUGCUGAAUGAAACUUCGAUCAAGAUCAACAUCUUCUCGGGUCAGCUGGAUUUGCUGGUACCCACCACAGCCACCCUGGCCGUGAUCAAAGACUGGGCCUGGCGUGACAAGGAGGAGUACCUCCAGGCACGGCGCACUCCCUUUUCCGUCGGCGACAGACUGCAGGGCUACGAGAAGAUCGGCGGUCGGUUCGGCAUGUACUGGAUCAAUCGCUCCGGGCACCAAGCGCUCGCUGACAAUCCCACAGCCAUGCAGUAUGUCCUGAAAGCUGUGACACAGUACAGCGAAUAAAUAACGAGUCGUAGUCCGGGGUAAACUUAAUAAAUGUAUAUACAUCUGCA